AUGGAAGCGAUAGUAAGCAAUAAGCACGAGUCGAGUGCUUUUAUUUUAAAAAUGGCGACUACAGAAAAGAAUCUUGAAAAAUGUGAAAAAGACGAAAAUGAGCACAAAAGUUUAAAUGGCAGUGCGAUAAACUUGAAACGAGAAUUGGGACUGUUCUCAGCAGUUAAUCUAAUACUAGGCGUAAUGAUUGGUUCAGGGAUAUUUGUCUCUCCCGCAUCUGCCCUCCAAUACUCUGGUUCUGUAGGCGUUUGUCUGAUUAUUUGGACAGUGUCUGGAGUUAUAUCCUUAUUAGGAGCAUUGUCAUUUGCGGAACUGGGUACGGUUCUCGGUGAAUCUGGAGCUGAGUACGCGUACUUUCGGGAGGCCUUUGGAAAAAUGCAUAAAUUUUGGGGUCCACUACCUUCAUUCAUCUGUGCUUGGAUUUAUGUGGUGAUAUUGCGACCGGCAGAAGUCGCUAUUAUUGUGAUGACUUUUGCUCAAUAUGCAAUUCAACCCUUCACAAAGGAUUUAGAUGAUGAUUACAAAUCUGCAGCUAUUAAACUGACGUCCUUAUUAGCCCUAUUUAUUAUGACCUAUAUUAAUAUAACAAGCGUGAAGCUGUUUGUAAAAGUACAAAAUGUAUUUGGCAUAUGUAAAAUAUUUGCAUGCCUGGUUGUCAUUGGAGGAGGGAUAUACGUGCUUGCUUCUGGCAACACGGAGAAUUUAAAAAAAGGUUUCGACGGUGAAAAAACGAGUGUUGGUGGUGUUUCCCUAGCCUUAUAUUCGGGGUUAUGGGCCUAUGAUGGUUGGAGCAGUGUUACAGUAGUAACAGAAGAAAUAAUCAACCCUGCUGUGAAUGUCCCGCUGAGUAUCUCCAUAGCGGUACCCCUGAUCACGGCACUGUAUGUCUUUAUGAACGUGGCUUAUAUGUCGGCGCUAAGUUUCGAUGAAAUGACGUCGGUUCCUGCUGUGGCAGUUGCUUUUGGAGAACGAGUGCUUGGCCCCGCUAGUUUCUUGAUACCCCUCGGUGUGGUUAUCGCCACUUUUGGAUGUGCUAUGAGCGUACAAUUUGGUGUGAGCCGGGUGUGUUAUACAGCAGCGCGCGGUGGUCACAUGAUCGAGGCGUUUUCAUUUGUCAACGUUAAAAGACUGACCCCGGCUCCAGCAGUUGCCUUACAGGCAUUCAUUACGUCGAUAUUCAUCAUAGUUGGCAACAUCGCGACAUUGAUACAGUUUGCUAGCUGGUUCCUGUGGUUCUUCUACGGAUUGGCCAUGGUGGCCUUACUCGUGCUAAGAAAAACCCACGCCCACAAACCACGUCCAUAUCGAGUACCAACGCCGGUCCCCUGCUUUGUGUUGCUAAUCGCAAUAUUCCUAUCGGUAUUGCCAAUAAUACACGAGCCGUCGCUGAAAUAUAUAAUGGCGAUUGCAUUUAUAGUCAUCGGCGUUGGAGUUUACACACUAUUUGUGUAUUACAAGAAAACGCCGACGUAUUUACUGCAUAAAUUUACAUUCCUGAUACAAGUGCUAUUUCAAAGUGUGCCGCCUAACAUUCCCAAUAAUCGUGAAGACUGA